GCAGUCGACAUCUGCACUGUAGAUGGCUCCACUGUUGAAACCACGUCCAAGGUAGUAGGUUCUUCUGUAACAGGCACCGUCGUGUCAGAGUCUGUAGUUGAUAAUUUAGUGGUUGUCAUAGCUGUUGUUUGCUCCUCAGUUGUUGAUGGUAUUAUGGUUGAGGGCUGUGUGGAUGGCCUCACUGUUGAAACUCCUUCAAAAGUAGUCGGUUCUUCUGUAUUCAGCACCGUCGUGUCAGCGUCUGUAGUUAAGGGCUCAGUGGUUGUUAGAGCCGUCGUUUGCUCUUCAGUUGUAUAUACUGCUGUUGUACUUUCAAAAGUAGUGAAAGGCUGUUCUGUUGUGGGAUUCGCUGUCGAACCCUGUACAGUAGAUAAUGGCUGUGUGGAUGAUCCCACUGUUGAAACUCCGUCCGAAGUAGUCGGUUCUUCUGUACUAAGCACGGUUGUGUCAGAGUCUGUAGUUGACAGUUCAGGGGUUGUCACAGCCGUCGUUUGCUCUUCAGUUGUAAAUACUGCUGUUGUAGUUUCAAACGUAGUGAAAGGCUGUUCUGUUGUCGGAGUUGCUGUCGACCCCUGCACAGUAGAUAAUGACUGUGUGGAUGAUCCCACUGUUGAAACUCCGUCCGAAGUAGUCGGUUCUUCUGUACUAAGCACGGUUGUGUCAGAGUCCGUAGUUAACGGUUCAGUGGUUGUCACAGCCGUCGUUUGCUCUUCAGUUGUAGAUACUGCUGUUGUAGUUUCAAACGUAGUGAAAGGAUGUUCUGUUGUCGGAGUUGCUGUCGACCUCUGCACAGUAGAUACUGACUGUGUUGAAACUCCUUCCGAAGUAGUCGGUUCCUCUGUAUUCAUCACCGUCGUGUCAGAGUCUGUAGUUGAUGAUUCUGUGGUACUCACAGUCGUUGCUUGCUCAGUUGUGGAUGGCAUUGUUGUCGUUUCAACCGUAGUGAAAGUAUGUUCGGUUGUUGGUAAUACAGUCGACACCUGCACGGUAGAUGAUGGCCCCUCUGUUGAAACUCCGUCAGAAGUAGUCAGAUCUUCUGUACUAAGCACCGUUGUUACCGAGUCAGUAGUUGAUGGCUCUGUGCUUAUGAGAGCCGUGGUUUUCUCUUGAGAUGUGGCUGACACUGUUGAAGAUUGUGUUGACAAAGCUGAUGUUGAAGUUGCUCUAAUUUCUGUUGUCAGGUCCGUUGUCGUGUCA